AUUUUCCUUAUUAUAUAUAUCUUGUGCUAUUGCAAUCUAUGUAUUAUCUUUUUGUAACCAAAAAAAAAACAUAGCAGCACAAUGGCAGUAAAAAGUGAGCUAAGAGAGAGUUUUUUGCAGAAGAAAAGUGAUUAUGAGAUAAUUGAAAAUGAAGAAUCACUUGGUAGAAGAGUAUGGGAAGAAAGCAAGAAAAUUUGGGUGAUAGCAGGGCCUGCAAUAUUCACAAGAUUUUCAUCAUCUGGCAUAACUAUUGCAACUCAAGCUUUUGUUGGACACAUUGGUUCCACUGAACUGGCUGGUUAUGCACUUGUCACAACUGUUCUCCUGAGAUUUAUUAUUGGAAUACUGAUAGGGAUGGCAAGCGCAUUGGAGACACUUUGUGGACAAGCAUAUGGAGCAAAACAAUACCACAUGCUUGGAGUUUAUCUCCAAAGAUCUUGGAUAGUACUGUUUUUGACAACAAUCUUACUUCUUCCUCUCUUUAUUUUUACCGCACCAAUUUUGGAGGCAUUAGGUCAAGACAAAAGCAUAGCGGAAAUGGCAGGAAAGUUUUCACUUUGGUCAAUAGGUUUAACUUUUGCUAUGAUUGUUUCCUUCACAUGUCAAACAUUUUUGCAAGCACAAAGCAAGAAUGUGAUUAUUGCUUAUUUAGCUGCAUUCUCUGUUGUUGUUCAUCUUUUAUUGUCUUGGCUUUUGACUAUUAAGUUAGGGUUUGGAAUCACUGGUGCAAUGAUAUCAUUAUUAUUGUCAUCAUGGUUACCAAACAUUGGUCAACUCAUUUUUAUUAUGACUAAAUGUCAUGAUACUUGGAAAGGUUUCUCACUUUUGGCUUUCAAAGAUCUUUGGCCUACUGCCAAGCUUUCUCUCUCAGCUGGAAUCAUGAUGUGCCUUGAAAUAUGGUACAACACAAUUUUGAUUCUCUUAACUGGCAACUUUAAAGAUGCUAAGAUUGCCAUCAAUGCUCUAUCCAUAUGCCUAAACAUCAAUGGAUGGGAAAUGAUGAUUGCCCUUGGCUUUUUUGCUGUAGCUGGGGUUCGAGUGGCAAAUGAACUUGGAAGAGGGAGUUCAAGAGCUGCAAAAUUUUCAAUUGUGAUUACUGUUCUCACAUCAUUUGCCAUUGGGUUCAUUUUGUUCUUGGUAUUCCUAUUCUUGAAGGGAAAACUUGCUUACGUUUUCACUCCAAAUCCUGAUGUGGCUGAUGCUGUUGGAGAUUUGUCAUUUUUGCUUGCACUUUCAAUCUUGUUGAAUAGUAUUCAACCUGUACUCUCGGGGGUUUCUGUUGGAGCUGGAUGGCAAAGCAUUGUGGCAUAUGUAAACAUUGGUUGUUACUACGUAAUUGGUAUUCCUAUUGGAGUGGUGAUUGGAGUUAUUUUCAAUUAUGAAGUCAAGGGUAUUUGGAUUGGGAUGUUGAUUGGAACUUUUGUUCAAACUAUAGUUCUUAUUGUCAUCACUUAUAAAACUGAUUGGAAGAAACAGGUAGAGAUAGCCCAAAGGAACAUUAAUAAAUGGGCUACCAUCAGAACUCAAGAAUCAAAUGGCAGUGGAACAAGUCUCUUAGCUAAUGAAGAAUAGUGUUCUAGUAUUCAAAUCAACCAUCUAUUUGAUGAGUAUUGAAUUUGAUAUGUUGUUAGCCAGACCAAUAAAGCCUAAGAUAUAGGCAUUUUUCUCUAAAGAGAAUCUUUAGUUUGUAUUCAAUAAGUUGUUUAUUCUCUAACCUUAUGAAUUUGGUUAUAGAAUUAAAAUAAUUCUUUUAUGAGGAAUGAUUAUGGUAACAAACCAUCAUAUUCA